AAUAUUUAUUUUCUUUUUUUUUUCUAUAUUUUUUUAAAAUAAGAGAAAGCGGAAAUUCUUUUAUUUUUCAUAAUUUAUUUUCCUUCUCCCCCACUUUUCCAUGUCCAAACAGGGGUAAGAGAAGUCAAAGGAGAAGGGUAACAAAAACCAAGGAAAAUCAAAGAAAACAAAUUUAUAGAGCGGGACAAAAAACUGCGCUUUUUCAUCGAUUUUUCUUUCUAAAUUGAAUGCAAGUAAUUGUCUUUUCGACGAAAACUGUGUUCUGCGAAUAAGAAACUGCCAUUAUUAUAGUGGGUCAACGAUGGGUUAGGUGCUGGAGGAAGGGUAGUUUUAGUUUCUGGAUAUUUAACUUCAACUCUCUGUGGUACUUGGAGAAGACCCACUUCAAUUUCUUUAUAGAAAAAGAGAGGAAAAUGGAUCAAAGACGCGAUCAAAUUGAAGGGAAUUCAGAACCCAGCCAUUCCUUUGGUCAAAUAUCUCAUUUGGCCCUCGAUAUUGGAGGAACUCUGAUCAAGGUGGUUUAUUUCUCAACAAGUAGAGAUGAUUGUAUUGAUCAUGAAUGGGAUAGCUCUGCAAAUAAUACUCUUGGAGUUUCCAAAAGUGGCAAACAUCCUAUCCUUGAAGGAAGACUCCAUUUUGCAAAGUUUGAGACGAGGAACAUCAAUGAUUGCUUGGAGUUUAUUAGUUCCAAGAAACUUCACCUUGGUGUUUUGGGUGGAAAUAGCUGCACCUCAGCUUGUUUAGAGUUGGAAUUCAAGAGGCUGAGUCUGUUCUUGAUUGAGUCUCUCAAUCAAUCUUUUCAAAUGAACUCAGGUUUCCAGCGUUGUAGAAAUCUUGCCAAGGACAAGAACUUAAUUAAGGCCACAGGUGGUGGGGCACACAAGUUUGCUGAGCUUUUCAGAGAAAAGCUUGGGAUUGAUCUUGACAAGGAAGAUGAAAUGGAUUGUCUUGUGGCAGGAGCAAAUUUUUUGCUUAAGGCAGUUCAUCGUGAAGCUUAUACAUACGUGGGUGGUGAGAAGGAAUUUAUGCAGAUUGACCAAAAUGAUCUGUACCCAUAUCUACUUGUGAAUAUAGGAUCUGGUGUUAGCAUGAUUAAGGUGGAUGGAGAUGGCAAAUUUGAACGAGUUAGCGGAACAAAUGUUGGAGGUGGCACCUUUUGGGGUUUGGGAAGGUUACUAACAAAAUGCAAGAGUUUUGAUGAAUUGUUGGAGCUAAGUUAUAGGGGAAAUAACCGAGUGAUAGACAUGCUUGUCGGAGACAUCUAUGGUGGAAUGGAUUAUUCAAAGAUUGGCCUUUCAUCAACAACUAUUGCAUCAAGCUUUGGGAAGGCUGUUUCUGACUAUAAAGAGCUUGAAGAUUACAAACCUGAAGACGUCGCCCGGUCUCUUCUUAGAAUGAUUUCAAAUAAUAUUGGGCAGAUUGCUUACUUGAAUGCGCUCCAAUUUGGGCUCAAGAGGAUAUUUUUUGGAGGAUUUUUCAUACAGGGUCAACCCUAUACUAUGGACACAAUUUCAGUUGCAGUUCAUUUCUGGUCUAAAGGGGAGGCAAAAGCAAUGUUUUUGCGGCAUGAAGGGUUUCUGGGAGCUCUAGGUGCAUACGUGAGCUAUGCAAAGAACAGGCUUGAUGACUUGGUAUGUAAUGAAUCCAUUGAAAUCCCAGUCAGUGCAUCGUAUGCUGCAGAUCCCAAGUAUAACCCACGAAAUGCGGAUUUGAAUGAUAAUGAAAGUAUGCAGUGCAGUGUCUAUACAGCUUAACUUUGUCAGUGACUUUCUUUCACGCACUGAGGUACGAGUAAUACAUUGUUGGUAGCCUCUAGCCCCUUGUGCAGGUUACAGAAAUUUGUAGAAUGUGUAACAUAGUUGAAACGUGCCAGGACCAAUAAGGAAGAUCAUAGGACUAAUACGCAUAAAAGAGAGAUCAAGGAGAGAAAAUAAACCUUGUUUCUUUGCCUGAGUGCUUGUGCAACAUGUCUAGAUUUUGUUGUAAUUUGCAACUAUGUUCUUUAGAUUGAAAUAAACCCUGUAACUUAAUUGUUUAGUAGAAUCGUUUUCUUACA